AUGAAAAAUGUUAACCCUCACCGUCCGCCAACAUCUGAGCCGAAUCAUCAAGGACUAGCACCAGUAUUUUCAACAGCACCUGAGGUUCUCUCGCGCCUUAUGUCGCCAAGUGCGAAUGUCUAUACAGAGACUCUGUCCGAGGGCAAGAUUACAAAGAAGAGGCCUAUAUCUGACCCUACGCAGGACAAUCUGGAGGCACCGCUUUCCCCCCCUCUUUCGCCAUUAUUGCCUGUACAGCCACUAGACGAGUCUAAGGCGACCCAUCGUUCCAGGCCCUCACCUAAGUUUUCACCAAUGUUGCCUCAUGGAUCCCCUUCAAAGAAUGCUUUCUCCAAUAUCAUUUCAUCUUUUGAGUUUCCAAAUGGAGAGAGAUUCUAUGAAAAAGACCUUAGCAUCACUGCCAGUGGCAGUGAAGAUGGUGAUGACAAUACUCGCCGACGUAAGCCAGGAUGUGGGUCCGGCUGGUCCAUGUUGGUAUACAAUAACUGUGAAAUAUGCCAGGAUCAUAAUAAGUAA